AUGCCUCCGGCACAAGCUCCUCUCAGCUCCAACCCCUCCCAUCUGAGAGAGCUGGACCUGAGCUACAAUCAUCCAGGAAACUCAGGAGUGAAGCUACUGUCAGCGGAAUGGAAGGAUCCACUCUGGAGACUGGACACUCUCAGGGUGGAGCCUGCUGGAGUCAGAUGGUUGACACCAGGUUUGAGGAAGUAUUCCUGUGAACUUACACUCAACACAAACACAGUAAACAGAUACCUCAAACUGUCUGACAACAACAGGAAGGUAACACAUGGGAAGGAGGUUCAGACAUAUCCUGAUCAUCCAAAGAGGUUUGACUGUCCUCAGCUGCUGUGUAGAGAUGGUCUGACUGGUCGCUGUUACUGGGAGGUUGAGAGGAGAGGACAUGUUAUUAUAUCAGUGAGUUACAGAGGACUCAGCAGUAGAGGAAACUGUGAUGACCGUUUGUUUGGAUGGAAUGAUCAGUCCUGGAGUCUGUUCUGCUAUGAUGGUUGUUACUCUGUCUGUCACAAUAAGAGAGAAACAUCCAUCUCCUCCUCCACUAUCUCUGAUAGAGUAGCAGUGUAUGUGGACUGUCCUGCUGGCACUCUGUCCUUCUACACAGUCACCUCUGACUCACUGAUCCACCUCCACACCUUCAACACCACAUUCACUCAACCUCUUUAUCCUGGGUUUGGGAUCUGGUCUUCUGGUUCCUCAGUGUCUCUGUGUUCUGUGUAGGAUGGAGAGCCUCCUCCUGUUUCUUACUGCUGAUCAGUUGAGUCUGUACAGGAUCACACUUACAGAAAUAUGUCAGGUUAUUGUUAUAAACUAAUGAAUGAACUUUGUAUAAAAUAAUUCUGAAUGAUUGAACAGAUUCCUCGUUAAAAUUGCAAACUUCUUCUUCUUCCAGUGUUUUUAAGAUGGAAGCUGUGAUCAUGAAAUUGUAGAAAUGCUGUUGACUUGUCAUGUUUUGUUUUGAAUUCUGUCUUUUUUCGAAUCAACUCUGUACAAAAUAAUUCUGAACGAUUGAAAAGAUUUGUCAUUAACAUUGUAAACUUUAGGGCUGCACAAUAUAUCGUUUUGUUUUUAUCGCCAAUGCGAUAUCAGCUGGCCUAAUAUACAUAUCGCGAUAGACACUCAGAGGCAGUACUUGAGUCUGGACUCAAGUCCUUUUUCUAUUGUCUUGGACUCGUUGGCAUUUCGACUCAGACUUGUCUUGGACUCACCAAAUAUUCUAGUUGGUCUGGUCUGUGUCCUGCACGAAAUCCUUUUUCAGUUCAAGAAUGUGACCAUGUCAGUUUUUUACUGUGUUGCUUGUUAGUUACAUUUUCCAUCUGCUGUCCGGAAUGUUGUUGUUACACCAGAAUAUACAGACUCAACAUCUAACAUGUAAAGUUGCAGCUUUUAUGGG